AUGAUCCAAAGAUUGCCAUUGCGCUUGAAUGCUAACUCUGCUCGACACUUACGACGUCAGUUUUGCUCCUCCAGGCGUCUUUCUGCAGAUCACGUAAGGAUCGUCGAGGUUGGUCCUCGAGAUGGGUUACAGAACGAGCAAAGAACGAUCUCAUUGAAGACAAAAAUUGAGCUCAUAAAACGCCUUGCAAAGACUGGCGUAACGCAUAUGGAAGCUGGAUCUUUCGUAUCAGCAAAGUGGGUACCACAGAUGGCGUCAACUCCCGAAGUCUUUCAGAGCAUUGUGUCUCGACCUCCUCGGGCACCUCACCCUAUUGCUUACAAUUACCUCGUUCCCAAUCUACGGGGAGUCGAGACCCUUGUUUCCGUGCUUGAGUCGCACGAGACGCCUCUCCCAUCCAACAAUGCUGAUCAGGCCCCUAUCACUUCAGCCGAUGAUCCUAAUCGCAUGGCCUCGGAGAAUCCUGUCCCAAACGCGUCCCAGAAUACUACCGAGAUAUCACUUUUCGCAGCUGCAACCGAGACUUUCUCGAACAAGAACACAAAUUGCAGCAUCCAAGAGUCACUAGACAGAUGUAAGCGCAUCCUAGCCAUAGCCAAGGGCAAGGGCAUGCAAGCACGUGGCUACAUAUCUGUCGCCCUUGGUUGUCCAUAUGAAGGACCUGAUGUUGAUCCGCAUAAAGUCGCAGAAAUGACUGCUACUUUACUGGAGAUGGGAUGUGACGAGGUCUCUGUGGCUGACACUACGGGCAUGGGAACCGCUCCCAGAACACAGCGACUGCUCAAAACAUUGAAAGAGGCGGGCAUACAGAACGAGGACAUUGCUUUACAUUUCCACGAUACCUACGGCCAAGCUCUUGUAAACACCGUUGUUGGCCUUGAGCAUGGCAUACGCACAUUUGAUAGUUCGGUAGGCGGUCUGGGUGGUUGUCCGUUUUCCAAGGGGGCCACUGGCAAUGUUUCCACAGAGGAUCUGCUUCAUCUACUGCACUCGUUGGGAGUACAGACAGGCGUGAGUUUGGAGAAGAUGGCAGAAAUCGGUGCCUGGAUCAGUGGAGAACUGGGUAGGCACAAUGAUAGCAGAGCCGGAAAGGCCACUCUAGCACGAAGGCAGGCAUAA